ACUGCACGUGAACGCAUCAUUUUUGUGUGGGAGAUAGUUUACAACUUGUUAGCUUCUGUUAGCUCGUCCUUCGAUAGUUUACGCACAGACCGAAAACUUUCGUUGUCUUAAAGAGGGAAGUAUUAUACUUUAUUUAUUUAUUUUGUUUAACUCUAACGAUAAAAAAUAAAAUAAAUUCAAUAUUUACACUGUAAAAUGGUAACGUUCCCCACAAAAAUACUUUGGUAUAAUGUUUAUGUUUGUUAGCUAACAUACUUUUUAUCGACUUUAGCUAACGUUAGCUGUCUAACCAGAUCGUUAUUUUCUAUAUCCGAUUAAUUAAUUGUAUAAAUAAGAACAUUUUAAGGGACAGUGUACUAAAAAGUGACACAGUCUGUCAUUAAAUGUUAAUAUUGAAAAGCUGAAGAGUCGCAUCUGCGGUGCCCAUCAGUGUGUCGGAUCGCCUGGUUUAAAAUGCCGUGAGAGAGCGCUCUUUUUUAUUUGGAGAUAAAGCAGAAGAGCAGUAGAUGAUUGAAGAGUCGGAACAUUAAUCAGUCGUCAUGGCAAGCGCGUUAGCGGCGAGAAUGGGACUAAACUCUCUGAUGAGAAAACAAGCCCGGACCUUCAGGGUCAGGAUCUGCAGCAUGGAAUCGGACAUGGAGUUCAGCUGCGAGAUUAAAUGGAAGGGGAAAGACCUGUUUGACUUGGUGUGCCGGACCCUGGGACUGAGGGAGACCUGGUUCUUUGGACUCAGCUACAGCGUAAAGGACACUGUGGCGUGGCUGAAGAUGGACAAGAAGGUUUUGGAUCAGGAGGUGCCAAAGGAGGAGCCAAUCGUCUUUCACUUUUUGGCCAAAUUUUACCCUGAAAACGCAGAGGAGGAGCUGGUGCAAGACAUCACACAGCAUCUCUUCUUUCUACAGGUGAAGAAGAAGAUUCUUGAAGAAGAGAUUCACUGUCCUCCUGAAGCAUCUGUGCUUUUAGCCUCUUACGCUGUCCAUGCUAAGUAUGGAGACUACGACCCUGAAGUUCAUAAACCGGGAUUUUUGGCUGAGGAGGAACUACUGCCGAAGAGGGUGAUUAACUUGUACCAGAUGACUCCAGAAAUGUGGGAGGAGAGGAUCACCGCGUGUUAUGCAGAGCACAGAGGCAGGACGAGGGACCAAGCUGAGAUGGAGUAUUUAAAAAUAGCUCAGGACCUGGACAUGUACGGCGUCAAUUACUUUUUAAUCAAGAACAAAAAGGGAACGGAUCUUCUUUUGGGAGUGGAUGCGCUCGGCCUGCACAUCUACGACCCCAACAACAAGCUGACGCCAAAGUGCUCCUUCCCCUGGAACGAGAUCCGGAACAUCUCCUACAGCGACAAGGAGUUUACAAUCAAACCUCUGGACAAGAAGGCCAAUGUUUUUAAGUUUAAUUCUUCCCGGCAAAGAGUCAACAAGCUGAUCCUCCAACUGUGUAUCGGUAACCAUGACCUUUUCAUGCGGCGGCGGCGGGUGGACUCCCUGGAGGUCCAGCAGAUGAAAGCUCAGGCCAGAGAGGAGCGGGCCAGGAAGCAGGUGGAGCGUCAGCGUCUGCAGAGGGAGAAGCAGCUGCGAGAAGAAGCAGAGCGAGCGAGAGACGAGCUGGAGAGGAGGCUGGUCCAGCUGCAGGAUGAAGCUCACAUGGCCAACGAGGCGCUGUUGCGCUCAGAGCAGACGGCCGACCUGCUGGCGGAAAAGGCUCAGAUUGCUGAGGAGGAGGCCAAGCUGCUGGCCCAGAAAGCUGCCGAGGCCGAGACAGAGAUGCAGCGCAUCAAGGUGACCGCCAUGCGUGGCCAGGAGGAGCGGCGGCUGAUGGAGCAGAAGAUGCUGGAAGCAGAGAUGCUCGCGCUCACUAUGGCCGAGGAGUCGGAAAGAAGGGCUAAAGAGGCGGAGCAGCUGAAGCAGGACCUGCAGGAAGCCAGAGAUUCUGAACGCAGAGCGAAGAACAAACUCCUGGAGAUAACCAGCAAGGCCGUAUAUGUGCCUCCCAGCCUUCCGGCUGACAACCUUCCAGGAGAGCUGAGCUUCAGCAGAGAGAACCUCAGCUUUGACUUUAAAGACACCGACAUGAAACGGCUCUCCAUGGAGAUCGAGAAGGAGAAGGUGGAGUACAUGGAGAAGAGCAAACAUCUGCAGGAGCAGCUGAACGAACUGAAGACUGAGAUCGAAAGUCUGAAGAUGAAAGAGCGGGAGACUCCUCUGGACAUCAUUCACAACCAGAACACGGAGCAGGGGACCAGCAAGCACAGCAACUUCAAGAAGCUGACACUACAGAGCACCAAGUCCAGGGUGGCCUUCUUUGAGGAACUCUAAACGACACACAACAACGCCAUCGCCACGUUCCUGCAGACCACACGCCACCUUUGCUCCACUUUCAUGGAAGUCCUAACAGACUGACAGCAGCAGCAGCAGUCUGCUGACUGCACCGACUCCAGGGGCUUCGUUCCCUCACAACGCCGCGCCUUCGCGCUCCAAAUGUGACACUCAUCAGAAGCAAAAGCGUGUGCGUUUACUGCGACAGGUAACACACACUCCCCAGGAAUCAUUUGACGUGAUGGGAUUUAUUUAUUAACCUCAGAAAAUAGUUUGAUUCUGUGAAAAAAGAGGAAUAAAAUAUUUCUGCUUCA